CAAUUCAUCAAAAUCAAGAAGUAUGGCCAAGUUGUUGAUAUUUACUACUGAUGAUGAUGAAGAGACUAGAAGAAACAAUCGUGAAGAAGUGGUUAAGAAAAUUAUAAGAGAUACAAUGGUGGUUGUGAAUGCAUCGAUUCGUAAAAUACAUAUGAAACUUGAUGAAGAUGUUAGAGACGAAUGGAAUAUGGAGGACAGAAUGAAUGCAUACACAGCUGUUUACAACGUUUUCUGUACGAAAGACAUACAUGGUUUUUGGCAUUAUGUAAUUCGUGAGUUUUAUGAUAAAUAUGAGAGCAUUUUGACACAAAGGAUUUCAAACUAUGUGAUUCCUUCAUUGGAAGAUAUGUACGGCGAAGAGUUCAUGAUUGAAAUUGUGAUACAAUGGACAGAGCUAGAACAAUACAAAAGAUAUCUUCAGAUAAUAUUUGCUCGUGUGGAGAAAGUUGCAGCGCAUUUACAUCUAGAAAAUCAUUCAUUCAUUGAUAUUUGUAAAACUCAAUUCUGUGACAGAGUAUAUAUAUAUAUAUAUGUUCCAAUUAUCUUAAAAGAAAAAGAAAAAGAAAAAUUAUUUGAUUUUUUAUUUUUUAAUUGUUGAUGUUUUUUUUUCUUUUACGUUUCAGGUCAGGGAUAGGUUCCACAUUGAAAUCGACUUUUCGGUAACUAAGAUGGUAAAACAAUCCUCGCCACCAUUUCUUGUUUUUAUUUAAUUGUUUAUAUAUUUUUAUUAUAUGUGUUAUAUAUAACACAGAAGGAGGCAGGGGUGUUUAGCAAUGAAAAUCCAUUGAAGAAUGACCUGAUUCAAUUCUUCACUGACAUGGAGAAAGUACGUCCCAAUGAACGAUUUCAAACGACUUAUGAUAUUGUCAAACAGCAGUAGAAUUUCGAUCGUGCCCAAAAUUAUUGAAGAUUUCGUUGGAUUUUAUAUAUGAUUAUGAUAAUUUUAUAAUGAUGAUGAUUUUAUAAUGCUAUAGCACGUGUCUUGUACGUGCACAUAACAAGACACCAAAUGGAGGCAUCAUGUUCUAUAUUUUGCUUCACCGA